UUUUUUACACUCGCACAAUUUGGGAAAAGCGUAAUUUCUGACAGUCCCUAAAAGCACCAUUCUGUCCGACUGUCGAGGAAGAAGUGAAGGAAUCCAGAAGUUGUCCACCACCGAGUUCGCAUACCUGACUCAAGGAGGAGAUCAAGUCUCGCCGCAGGGAGGGUUAACGGCCGCAGAAUAUCGAGCUCGGUGCCACGGGAGGAGCAUCCAAACAGGACAGCAGCAACAUGGACAACAUGACUGUGGAGCAGAUCGCCGCCAGGGCCAACCAAGUGACCGAUGAGUCAUUGGAAAGCACACGCAGGAUGCUGCAGAUGGCGGAGGAGAGCAAAGAGACGGGCGUGAAGACCAUGGUGAUGCUGGACCAGCAAGGAGAGCAGCUGAAGCGCGUUGAGGACGGCAUGGAUCAGAUCAACCAGGACAUGAGGCUGGCUGAGAAGAACCUAUCGGACCUCUCAAAGUGCUGCGGACUCUGCAUCUGCCCGUGCAACAGGGUGACAUCUAUCGAGAACGACUCUCGAUACAAGCGCACGUGGGGCAUCGGAGGAGGCGACGCCGAAAGCAACGCUGACCCCGGUUCCAAGGUGGUGUCGAGGCAGCCGUCGGCUGUGCGUAACGGCCAGGCGGGUCAUGUCAACGCCCCGCCGCCGUCCGGCCCGUACAUCAAGAGGAUAACCAACGACGCCCGUGAGGACGAGAUGGAGGACAACCUGAACGCCGUCGGCGGCAUCAUCGGAAACCUGAGGACCAUGGCGGUGGACAUGGGCACUGAGAUCGACAAGCAAAGCAAACAGAUCGACCGCAUCACCGACAAGGCGGACAUGAACAAACUGCGCAUCGACGAGGCCAACACGAGAGCCACCAAGCUCAUCAACUAGGGAGCAGCUAGUACACACACACACACACACACACACACACACACACACAGCGCCACACCACGCAAGAACACGCAUUGAUCUCGCUAGCAGAGCUGCAAGACGAGUAGAAAAGAAGAUACGGGACAAGUCAAAGGUAUUGACACGCCUUCUCAUUGACUAGCAUGACAAAGUGUCUCCAAACUUUUCUGUGCGUGUUUGUUUUUUUAAUGAAUUGGGACGCCCUUCGACUUGCACAAGCAGCAUUCACGUCAAAAUGUCAAAAUGUCACACUGCCGUUUGCUGCUCCUCCAUACCAAAAAUUGUUGUGAACAACUACAGUACAUGUAGUACUUGUAGUACAUGUACUUGCAGUACAAGUGUCCAAGUGUGUAAUUAUUCAUGUGUAUAAUUUACUAUUUAAUUCUUUUCUUUCAAGCAGAGCUGUGAAUAAACUUUCCCUUUUUCUAAAUAUAUCAUUGAAAAGCGUGCUUCAAUCAUGAAGUGCCCAACACCCCCACACCCCCUUGUGCUAACGCUGCGUGGAAGGGAAUGGAGAUUGUAAAUACAAUUAGCAUUAGCGUGUUAGCAUUUCCGUGUAAAUAAGCUGACAUGCAUCAAAUCAGCUGCACAAAAAGACUUUUCCUUUGUGUUUUGUUUCAUGCUGGCCUUUUUGUUGAAUGGUUAGUCAAUAAAGCUAUGACAGGAUGAUCAUUGCUCGUUCUUUAAUUGAUCAACAAUGACAGGAACCUUGCAAAUGUACAUCCAUGUUGAAUAAUACUUGUUGCUUGUGUCCUUCCAAAAGCCCGCCCUCCGCCCCUGCCCUCCCACCAGGGGAAAAAAGGUCAUAAUAUUAGCUAUUUCCUGUUUUCACACAAAAGUGCAAAAGGCAGAUUAGUACCAAGUUGGAAGGCGAUGCAAAUGAAAGCUUGAGGAAUAAAAACAAAACGUGUGCAUUUUGAAAAGUGUACUCGUGUGCUUCACCAACAUCAUGUUCUUUACACCCCUUCAGAGUAAAAUAGCGAACAUUAGCACCAUCCAUCAUAAAUUAAAAAUAAUAGGUUGAAGAAACACUAUUGUAACCCAUUUCUCAUAAUACCUCAUCUUUUAUUCUCAUAACUUUUCUUGGUUACAAAAAAAACAUUGACUUCUCA